AUGGCGAAACCUUUGCAAAAGGAAAGAGAGAACCGCUCUGCGGAUAAAAAGGAUCUAACGUUCCAUCCUUAUAACAUUACUCCGGAAAGUGCUUACACUUCUAUAUUGCUCUUGGAAUCGCGUGAACCAGAAAUAUUGUGUCAGACACUUCGAGCCAUAACCAAGUUUUCCGCGCAAGAGUUUCAAAACCGUCAGGUUUUGUUUGAUCUCAAUGCUGUAAGAUAUAUCCUACCUCAUGUGGAACAUCCUGAGCUGAACAUAAAGCGGUUUGCGCUAAAGGCAUUAGCCCAGCUCUGUCAGCUUCCAAGAGGACCAGAACAAGUUCUAGCUAAUCCUCAGAAUCUAAGAAAAAUUGCUUACAUGUUGGUGAAGAUAGAAGAUGUCUUCGUGCUAGAAUUUGCCUCGUUGGUUUUGUCCGAGCUAACACGGGAGCCCAUAGGCUGUGAACAGCUGGUGUCUUGUAAUAUACUGAACAGUCUUUGCAAUCGGAUGAAGAAUAGUCUCGACCCCGACGUACAAAAGAAUUGCUUACAAACACUAAGUAACCUCCUAGAAGACCCCGUAUGUGCAUCUGAAGUAACCAAGAAUCAGCAGUUCAGUUGGGCGUCUCUGUUGGCUCUGAUGCAGAGUCCAUACUUGGCUAUUCAGCACGCCGCUCUUAAGACAGUCGACCAGCUCAUCUGCAGAUACAAGGACCAGGUAGUCCAGAAAUCCUUCAGAGCGUCUACUGGUGUGUUGGAUUUAUGCGAUAUACUUGAGUCCUACGAGUUCCGCGAUGUCCAUACUCAAGUGCUGGGAGUUCUACGUAACUACGUAGAGACAGAAGAGAAUGCCGCCCAUCUCUACCAGUCGGGUUGUAUUUUACGGCUACUCGCAUAUCUGGAGAUGGCCCUGCCCGCAAUGAAACCACAUUGUCUUGGCGUACUUACCAAAAUGUCAUUUAACUCCAAUGGGCGUGACGCUCUGUAUGAAACGGGCACAGAUCUUGUAUUCUGUCACCAACUGCUGAGUUCGAAUGUGGAAUUGCUCGCUGAUGCUGCAAUGGGAGUUGCUAACAUGACAAAGCUUUUGCCGGCCGCUGUACGAAUGUCAGAUACCAACAUUAUUGAAGCUCUGUGUGCAAUCCUAGCGGAUGAUGCAGCUGUAUGGUUUUAUAUUCGUAUGAACGCUAUCCACGCGCUCGCCGAAUUGUGUCGUAUUAUCCCAAAGGCGGCCUUUAGCCUUAUAGAGCCCAAGACGUUUGCUUCGCUUAGGAAUAUUAAUAAGAAAUUUAAAGAUACCCCAAUUGAGGCGCAAAGGCUAGCGGUACAGUGCUAUAUCAAUCUGCAGAACUAUCACGUGAGCACUCGAGCUAUGCUUAACUCGGAAUUCAUGGUCGAGCUCCUUAAUAUUUUACAACGUAUCGAUAUUUGCCUGAAAAUAAAGACAUGCACAGUUCUAAGUGGCCUGAUGAAAGAAGAUUUGGCUAAAGAUCUUUUUACUUCCAAGCAAGGAGAAGAAGUGAUUUCAAAUAACCUACACAUUGAGCAUAUUGGUCUACGCACUGCUUUGUGUCAGUUGAUAUUCGCCAGCGUAACAGAAGAUGGGGCAGACGUCUACGUGGAGUUAGGCACAGUACAUUAUAUGGUUGAAAACAAACAAGCAAGGUACACAGUGAGUGCGUGGGAGCCGGCCCUGGAGGCGAUCUUCCGCCAACAUCCUUCAGCCAAACUGGCCUAUACCGGACGACUCGACAUCAACGACUUUACUCAGGAAGGGUUCUACGUACUAAAGAAGCUAGAUGGUGAAUUCCCCACCAUACAGCAAUUGAUUGAAAGCGUUCCACCCCAUCAUGAGCCUGUCUUUAUCAGUAUGUUCCAUCAGCCGUAUGACGCUGUAUCGACUUCUGAUAUUCGGACGCCACAUUUUGCAUCAAAUCCGACUCUUGCGUCUCAGGCAAGUCGAUUGCGCCUACCAAAGUUGCCCGAUGAUGUGAAUUUACGAAAUUACUUGCUACGCUUGAAGAUUUGGUUUGGAGACCCAGCAAAAUCGUUGCACUAUUUUGAAAUAGAAGAUGCUCAUUACGAAGUCAGAUAUCGUGACAAAUGCGAAGAAGUGACGUCAUCGCUAAAACAGCGCGCUCAACUCUUAGCCGAGUUUGUGGUGGAGCAAAUGAGUGGUCUAACACAAGAACGUGACUGCAGUAUGCCUAGUGUUGAUCUGCACUUGGCCGAUUUGAUGGAGGACCUUGGAUCUCGUGUGCUGGGUUUGGGCUGGAUUCGUUGCGGUGGUCCUUUAGAACGAGCUAUUUUGUACAAGGUGUUAGCUGAUCGAGUGGGUUUACCUUGCGCUUUGCAUAGAAAAACCAGCGCCCAUGCAUGGUGUGAGGUGGCCAUUCCCGAAUUGGAUCCUAGGGAAACCCUAGAAAAAGAAGAGAGUUAUCCAGCAGGCUUAUUACGUGCUAACUACGUAGUGGAUUUGAUGACGACAUCUGGAUCAUUGCUACCACGAGGCUGCGUUGAGGCGAGAAAAAUCUGCGGGGCCGGGUGUACCCCAUACACGGCUAGGCAAAUGACUGAAGUGUGUCGUUGUACGCAUUAA